AUGCGCACACAGCACACAGCACACUCGCUUCCCGCAUUCCCCGUAUACUCCUCUGCGUUCGUCUCACCCAAUGAGCUUGUUCUCGGAGGCGGAGGCGGCCAGUCAAAGACCGGAAUCAAGAAUAAGCUCAGACUUUACCAUGUUGAGAGCGACAAGAAGUUGGACCUUCUGGACGAGUUUGAACUCGCGAGCGGAGAGGACGCCCCUAUGAGCAUGGCUGCUCAUCCGUCAAGGAUGGAGAUCGUCGGUGGCAUUAACAGCUCCGAGGUCGCACUCAAGAGUGGCCCAAACCAGAAUUGUCGCGCAUUCUCUGUCAAGGACCAGAAAAUCUUGCCUCCGCGGACGAGGAGCACGUUGCAACUCACCGGAGAUGAUGACGACUUCCAAAAGGUGACUGUGUUUUCUCCUGAUGGUACCUUCCUGGCCGUGGGUGGUACACACGAUCUGUCGCUGCUGCAUUACCCGACAAUGUAUUCUGCUGCGUCUUCUAUCCACCUCGACAAAGGCGAGAUAUAUGAUGUGGCGUUCUCGUCAAAGACCAUCGUAGUCGUCACCACAGUGAAUCUGUUGGUGUAUGCACUUCCGCCUGAAGAAAUUUCGGGAAAGAAGAAAGCGAAAAUCUCGGACUUGGAGCUGUUGCGAACUGUCGACAGACCAACAUUACCAGGCAAGGAUAUCAGUAGCAGCUUCCGCGCCGGUCGGUUCCACCCUUCCGACGAAAACGUCAUGUUCACUGUUUCCAACACCAUCCCUCCACGUACGCGCACCAAAUCCUCCCCUCGACGUGCCUUCGUGUGCAGGUGGGACACGCAAACAUGGACCGUCACGAAGACUCGCCAAAUCAGCGACCGCGGGGUCACCUGCUUCGACAUCACACCGGACGGAAAACUUCUCGCUUUCGGGUCUUCUGACCUCACCGUCGGUAUCCUUGACUCCCAGUCUCUUGCCCCCCUCCUGACUAUCCUCAAGGCCCACGAAUUCCCACCCACCACGCUCAGGUUCAGUCCUACGUCCAACCUGCUGGUCUCUGGGAGUGCCGACAACACGGUGCGGAUGGUCUCGGUUCCAACCAACCUCGGAGAUACCUCCUGGGGUACAUGGCUUCUCAUCAUCGUCGCACUACUUGUCGCGCUCUUCGCCGCUCUGGCACAGCAGUGGUACCACGUCUUGUAG